AUGCCUGAUGAUGAAGCGCUGACGCGGCACCGCUUAUAUUACACAUAUCCACUUGAUGAUAAUCCAGAGUUGCGUAUCACUAUGGGUUUUGCGGCCCGGCGGCCGAGUUUGACCUUCGCUGCGGAUGUUGUGGAUGCUAACGUCUACAUCAUGAAGCAUUGGGUUCUCGAUUUUAUUGCUCAAUCUGCCGGAAUCCCCGAAGAGAGCGUGUGCAAAACAAUUAUUCCACUCCUUGCUCGAAACCAGCACACUACAAUUAACACAAGCGAGAACGUUUUUCACAUGCCUGAAAAAAAAAUUGGGCGCACCAUUUCAACCCACUGGAUGUUUAGGAAGUUGACCGAGUCGAUCGACAUCCAGCUGCUGAACGCCGUCCCUAGCUUAUUUUUGCUGGAGAAAGUCGACAACUUGCGGGUUUUCUGCACUAUUAUUGAGGAGCACCCGAAUUCACCCUACAAGAUUUACCGCAUCAACAAGCGUGACAACUUUCAUGCGAUUAACCAGGAAAUUAUAGGGAUUAAAUGCCAGCACUUGCUGUUAUCCCCCGAACCUAUGGUGCAAUCGGUGUGGCCCGUCUUUCCGAAGUCACGGACGGCACUGGGGGUGACAAGCCCAGAUCGCUAUGGCACGUGCGUCACCACGACCCCCAUCCCGACCCCUCCCAAGAACUUCAAUGGGUUCCCCCUCUUUCCGGCCAUCCCGCCGAUGCCAUCCGGUGCCUCCAUCGCCCUUCUCUUGCCUAGCAAUCCCUUCACCUUAAAGGAGCGUAGUGGAGACCAGCAGGUGUACAUUGUCGAUAGCUUUGUGGAGUCGGUGCCCUCGGUGAACACGUUUAUCACCCGUAGUGUGAUCGGGCCAAAUGUCACGAUAGGGGAAGGUGCCCGCAUUACAGACAGCAUUAUUUUGGCAAACGUCGAAAUUGGUGGCAAAACGGUGAUCAUCAAUUCGGUCGUGGGCGCAGGUGCCGUGAUUAGCGCGGCGAAGAAAAUCACCAAUAGCAUCGUCGCACCACGCUGUUAUGUUGAGGAAGACGAAAACGAUCGUAUUGUUGCGCACGAAAACUAA